AUGACGCAACUAGACCAUGAAACCGCACUGUCUGCCGUGCGGAACCUGAACGGGCAAGAGCUCGGUGGGCGGCCGCUCCGGAUAGACCUCGCCGACUCGGACCCGUUCCUCGAGGGCAAGACGACCAUCCGAGGCGAGCUCAUCGACGGCGGCGAGACGCGUGCCCAGUGGCGCGAGCGGCACCAGGAGCGCGGAAAGAGCAACGACCCAAAUGCCUUCCUUGCGAAUCUCCCGCCCGGCGUGCCAGUCUCGCCUAACUCUACCGCGCUCGACACGAUUAGCCAGAUGCUUGCGACGACGAACCCAACGCAGAUCCUCGAGGUCCUCGCACAAAUGAAGGCGUUCGUGAUCACCCACCCGGAGCAGGCGCGCACGCUGCUUGUUGCACACCCCCAGCUUGGAUACGCGCUAUUCCAAGCGCUUUUGUUAAAUAACAUCGUCGACCCGGCAAUUCUUAAGCGCAUGCUUCAGGCGACAAGUGCCUCCGUGCCUACACAACCCCAGGUACCGCCCCAAGCCCCUGCGCCGUAUGCGCAACCCCUGCCAAUGCAGCCGCAGCAGGUGUUCCCACCGUCCAUGGCGAUGCCGCACACGCCCGUGCAUCAUCCGACUCCGCCGAUCCCUGCUCAGGCGCCGAUGUAUCCGCCUGCUGCUGCUCACAUGCAGCAGGUUCCAUCGCCGUACUAUCGCCCCCCACCGCCUGCCCAGCCCCAGCCUGUUGCCCAGGCGGUUCCACAGCCCGUCCCGCAGCCAGCAGCACAAACUGCUGUACCUGCAUUUGAUCCUGCCCAGAGAGAUAUGUUGAUGCAAGUCCUCAGUCUGACGGAAGCGCAAAUCAACUCGCUACCUCCGACAGAGCGAGAGCAGAUACAGCAACUCCGCAAACAAUUCUUGGGCACGGUAUAA